AUGUCUUCACCGAGGAAGCUCAACAUCCUGAUCACCGGGUGCUCCCCAGGAGGGAUGGGCGCGGCUCUGGCCACCGUCUUCCACGACGCCGGGCAUCACGUCUACGCGACGGCGCGGAACCCGUCCAAACUGGCGCCGCUCGCAGCGCAAGGCAUGCGGACGAUUCCCUUGGACGUGACGUCGGCUUCUUCCAUCCAAUCCGCCGUCGAGGCCGUCUCCUCCUCUCUCUUCGACGGCGAGGGCCUGGACAUGCUCGUCAACAACGCGGCGGGCAGCUACACGAUGCCCAUCGCCGACGUCUCGCUGGACGCCGCGAGAGCGCUGUUCGACCAGAACGUCUGGGCGCAGAUCGCCGUCACGCAGGCCUUUCUUCCCCUGCUCCUCAAGUCCGCGACGGCCUUGACCCGUUCGUCAAGGACGACAAGCAGCGGCCCGGCCCGGGCCAUGGUCGUCAACCACACCUCGGUCGGGUCCGUCGCCGCGCUUCCCUUCCAGGGCGUCUACAACGCGUCCAAGGCCGCCCUCGCCAUGCUAUCCGAGACGAUGCGCCUCGAGCUCGCGCCCUUUGGGAUCGGCGUCGUCGACCUCAAGACGGCGGGCGUGCGGACCAACAUAAUCUCCAACAACAACGUCAACACCAGGGCCGAGGGGUUGCCGGCAGACUCGAUAUACGGACCGGCGCGAGAGGUCGUCGAGAAGGCCAUGAGCCAGAAGGGCCUCGCCGAGAGGGGGGUCACGGCGGAGCAGUGGGCUGCCGAGGUGGCGGCGCUCUUGCUGGGGAAGAACCCGCCGGCGGUCAUCUGGAAGGGCGAGAGCGCGAUGGUGGCUCGGGUCGCCAGCUCGAUGCCCUGCAACAUGUUUGAGGGGUUCAUCAAGAAGAUGACCAAGUUGGAUGUUGUGGAGGAGCUUAUUACGGAGAGCAGGAGGUGA